AUGUACGUUCCAGUCGCGUCUGUAAGUUUCGCUUCCUAUGUUACCGAAAACAACAAAUUACAAAAGCGACAAAGAAGAUAUAGAUAUCCCAUAAUCGAAUUAGAAAAGAACAUAAGGCCGGAAACGAGGGAAGGAAAAAAAUUAUUGGCAUUGCAACGGUUAAGAGAACAAAAGACACAAGCAAAGUGCUCAGAAGACGAAGAAAAUGUAAUUAAGGGGAAAAGAUUCACUGAUUAUAUGCUGAAAUUGAUUAAUGAAUUUUCACUGUCAAGAACAACUGCUUCGUAUACAAGUUAUGAUGAUGAUGAGACUGGGGAACAAGAAGAAAUAUUAAAAAGCAGUUGGAGAUGGAAUCAUUGUAUAAGCGAAGUUGCAAUAAAGCAUUUAAUGUACAAGGAAAGUUUUAUGCAACCACCCGAUGAGUCAGACAUUAGCAAAGCUGCUGCUUUCACAUGUAACGAUCUUUAUGUUAGUUAUGAUUUAACCUUGUCCAUAACUCGGAAAGGAAUCUUAAGCGGGUUAUUAAUUAUCAGAAUUUGGCUAAGAGGAGAAAAAAAAGCUAAAGGAGGAAUUGAAAACAGAGGGUUAACAACUCAAUGA